UCUUUUUAUAUUUGCAUAUGAAUUUUCUAUCCAUGUGAUGUGAAAAAGAUAGAGAAGAAAGAAAACAAGAUUUGGUUCUUUUUGCAAUUGAGAUAAGAAAGAAAUGGAGAUAGAAAGAGAACAAUAUGUCAAUAUUAUUAAUUAAUAAAGAAUAAAAAUAACAUAAAAGAAAUCUAUUCUAAUUUGUGGUUGCAAAUUGUCUUCCAAUUUUUCUUCCUAUGCCCACCAAAAUAACCUAUCCAUCUCUCUCUUCAACCUAGCAUGAAACCCUCUCUUCCCCCCAUGUGGAAUGACCUGUAACCCUGAGUAAUGGAGUAUUGUUCUCUAGUUUUUUAAGCCCCCAAAAUCAUGGGUACUCAAUAAUUUCACUACCCAAAAGUUUUAAUUGUGUAAAAGAUUCAAUCUUUACCAAUUUUAUAUACUUGUAAUAAACAAAAAAAAAAAAACCCCAUCAAAUUUAAUGCCCAAAACCCAUCAUAAAUACCAAAGAUCUUGAAAUUCUUUAUUAUAAGAACUAAAAAAGGAGAUAUUAUGUUCAUAGUGAUGAAAAAUUGGUAAAGUUCCAUUCUUUAUUUAGAAAAAGAAACAAAAAUGGAAGGGGGAAGUUGUAGUAUAGUAUGGUUUAGAAGGGAUUUAAGGGUAGAAGAUAAUCCUGCCCUAUUAGCAGGUGUUAGGGCAGGAAGAGUAUUUUGUGUAUUUAUAUGGGCACCUGAAGAAGAAGGCCAUUAUUACCCUGGUAGGGUUUCAAGGUGGUGGCUUAAACAUAGUUUAGCUCAACUUGAUUCUUCAUUAAGAAGUCUUGGUACUUGUCUUAUUACUAAGAGAUCUACUGAUAGUAUUUCUACUCUACUUGAUGUUGUUAAGUCUACUGGUGCUUCUCAGCUCUUCUUCAAUCAUUUAUAUGAUCCUAUGUCACUUGUUAGGGAUCACCGUGCAAAGGAAAUCUUAACUGCAAAUGGUAUAACAGUUCGCUCGUUCAAUGCGGAUUUGCUGUAUGAACCUUGGGAAGUUGUUGACGAGCUCGGCCAACCAUUUACUACCUUCACAUCUUUUUGGGAUAGAUGCCUUAGCAUGCCUUUUGAUCCUGAGGCUCCACUCCUUCCACCGAAAAGAAUUAUCUCUGGGGAAGUGUCGAAGUGCCCAUCAGAUACAUUGGUAUUUGAAGAUGAUACGGAGAGGGGAAGUAAUGCGUUACUUGCUCGAGCAUGGUCACCCGGCUGGAGUAGUGCUGAUAAGGCUCUAACUACAUUCAUCAAUGGAGCAUUAAUCGAAUACUCACAGAACCGAAGAAAGGCAGAUAGUGCCACAACUUCCUUCCUUUCUCCACAUUUGCAUUUCGGAGAGGUCAGUGUGCGAAAGGUCUUCCACUUAGUCCGUAUCAAACAGGUUUCGUGGGCAAAUGAAGGAAACACCGCUGGUGACGAAAGUUGCAAUCUAUUUCUCAAAUCCAUCGGUUUGAGGGAAUAUUCACGGUAUAUGAGCUUCAACCAUCCAUACAGUCACGAAAAGCCUUUACUCGGGCACCUCAAGUUCUUCCCUUGGGUGGUGGAUGAAAGCUAUUUUAAGGCAUGGAGACAAGGAAGAACAGGUUAUCCUUUGGUUGAUGCUGGUAUGAGAGAGUUAUGGGCUACUGGUUGGCUACACGAUAGGAUUCGGGUUGUCGUUUCGAGCUUUUUUGUGAAGGUUCUUCAGCUUCCAUGGAGGUGGGGCAUGAAAUACUUCUGGGACACACUUUUGGAUGCUGAUCUUGAGAGUGAUGCCCUUGGUUGGCAAUAUAUAACCGGUACACUUCCUGAUGGCCGUGAGUUUGACAGGAUUGAUAAUCCUCAGUUUCAAGGCUACAAGUUCGAUCCUAAUGGAGAAUAUGUAAGGCGAUGGCUUCCGGAACUUGCAAGGCUACCGACUGAAUGGAUCCAUCACCCCUGGAAUGCCCCGGAAUCUGUACUACAAGCUGCAGGUAUCGAGUUGGGAUCAAAUUACCCUCUUCCGAUAGUAGAAAUAGACGCUGCAAAAGUACGACUCCAAGAAGCACUCCGAAGUAUGUGGGAGCAGGAAGCCGCUUACAGAGCUGCUAUUGAAAAUGGGACAGAAGAAGGGCUUGGUGAUUCUGCCGAAGCACUCAUUGAGUUUCCCCAAGAUUUACGGAUGGAUGUUGAUCGUGAGCCUGUCAGGAAUAAUUUUAACCAAACUGAUGUGAGCCGUCAUCAUCAGGACCAGAUGGUCCCUAGCAUCACCUCGACCUUGUUUAGGGUGGAAGAUUAUCAAACGUCUUCUGACUUUCAGCAACAUUCGGCGAGUGAUGGACGAGCAGAGGUCCCAAGAAAUGUUAACACAAAUCAAGAGAGAGCGCCACAAAACCAAAGAGUUUUAGAGGCUCGUAGAAGAAACAACGCGAUUCCACCACCACAGGUAAACCAUUCGUUUGGAAUGCUGAAUAUGGAAGAGUCUACGGCUGAAUCAUCGAGUACUACUAGUGGUGGUCGGAGUAGUGGGGUGGUUCCUGUUUGGUCUCCCUCGAGUUCUACAUUUGCAGAUCAGUAUAUAGGUGAUGAAGCGGCAAUGGGGCCUAGUUCUUCAUUCUGGCAAAGGCAUCCACAGUCUCACGAACGGGUGAAUUGGAGACCGCUUUCUCAAACUGGUUGAGAUGAUUUUGGAGAGAUCGCCUGGAGAUCGAAUACUGUAAUAUCCCAGUCGUAUGGGAACGAGGAGUCGUUAUUGUUCCGUACAUCCCCUUGUAUUCGCUGAAAGCAGACAUUGUCCUGAUGUUGCGAUAUUUGAAAAGGUGAUCGAUAUUGGUGCUUGUACGAUUAUAGGAUGUAUUGUUUUUGUGCUGUGUAUAAUUCAAAGAGAGGAGUUAUCAAAAGGAUGUAUGUGCCUCAAAUAAAUCCCAGGCUUGUCCAUUUUCUUUCUGUUAUAUAGAAUCUAUAUGUAUAUUUGCUACUUUUCUCAUUUAAGGGUUCAUGAUUCUCUUUUA